AGGAGCCGCAGCCGGACCCGCCCGGGCCCCACCACCACGAUGGGCAAUGCAACAACGGCCCAGAAGGGCGGCGAGCUGGAGAGCAUGGAGGAGUUCUUAGCCAAAGCCAAUGAAGACUUCCUCAAGAAAUGGGAGAACCCCUCUCAGAACACGGCCAGUUUGGAUCAGUUUGAUCGAAUCAAGACUCUGGGCACGGGCUCAUUUGGGAGGGUAAUGCUGGUGAAACAAAAAGAGACUGGGAAUCACUAUGCCAUGAAGAUCCUGGAUAAACAGAAGGUAGUGAAGUUGAAACAAAUUGAGCACACCCUCAAUGAGAAACGGCUCCUUCAGGCCGUCAACUUUCCAUUCCUUGUCAAGCUCGAGUAUUCUUUCAAGGAUAACUCCAAUCUGUACAUGGUGAAGGAAUACAUCCCAGGCGGGGAGAUGUUCUCCCACCUACGGCAGAUCGGGAGGUUCAGUGAACCUCGCGCCCAGUUCUACGCUGCUCAGAUCGUCCUGACCUUUGAGUAUCUGCACUCGCUGGAUCUCAUCUACCGAAACCUGAAGCCAGAGAAUCUCCUGAUAGACCAGCAGGGCUACAUCUUGAUGGCGGAUUUUGGUUUUGCCAAGCGGGUGAAAGACCGAACCUGGACUCUGUGUGGGACCUCGGAAUACCUGGCCCCCGAGAUCAUCCUCAGCAAGGGUUAUAACAAGGCUGUGGAUUGGUGGACUCUGGGCGUCCUCAUCUACGAGAUGGUGGCUGGUUACUCCCCAUUCUUUGCGGACCAGACCAUUCAACUCUACGAGAAGAUCGUCUCUGGCAAGGUCCGGUUCCCGUCUUACUUCAGCUCGGACCUGAGGGACCUGCUUCAGAACCUGCUGCAGGUGGACCUCACCAAACGCUUUGGCAACCUCAAGAACAGGGUCAACGACAUCAAGAACCACAAGUGGUUUGCUACCACCGACUGGAUCGCCGUCUACCAGAGGAAGGUGGAAGCUCCCUUUAUACCAAAGUGCAAUGGCCCCGGCGACACGAGUAACUUCGACAACUGUGAGGAAGAGGAGAUCCAGGUCUCCAGCACUGAGAUGUGCGCUAAGGAGUUUGAGGAGUUCUAGGGCGAGUGGCCCCCCCGGGAGGGUGCACACGGAGCAGGUGGAGGCGGAGUUGGAUUUGAUCAAGAGAAAGACCCGAGUUUCUUGCCUGUGUGUUUUAUUUUUGUGGGCGG